AUGAGUGUUCCCACAACUCCACCUAUUGAGACUAAAAAUGGCGACGGUGAAGCGAACGAGGCGCCGCGCAAAGUCGAAUUACCGUACAAUUUCGAAAAGGAGCUUAUAGAAAAUCAAAAUCGCCACUUUUGCGGACAUUACACGUUUGUGCCAUGCACAAUAAUCGAACCGCUGGCAACGAAGUUCUAUGCGAGACACGAUCGAAACACUUUGGAUGAGGAAAAGUUCACGAAGUUCGUUAGGCAGUAUGGCAGAAGGCGUGCUCGGGGCAUAUUGCCGCGUCUCUCUGGGGAAGUGUAUGGUUGGCUGCCGGCAGCUGUGGGGGAGAGUGUGAAGGAACUCAACUUCAUUUGUGCACCGAAAAUUCGCACAAAUAUGACAAUACAUGGCGAGCGUGUAGUCAGUGAGCGCGUGACGGAGCGACCGCCCUUUAAUGGACCACGUUUUAUCGUUUGA